CAAUUAGGUCCCUCACCGGUGGACUACGAGAAAAAUACCAAUAGAUUAAACAAGUGGUUCAGAUUUAUUUAAAUUAAAAGUGGGAACAUGUAGAGCUGCUCACAUUCAAUCAGAUCCUCUAAUAGUUUCACACCUUAUGUACGAUUCGUGUAGUAUUCUUGGUUUAUAAUCAGAUAACUGCUCUUCCCCUCAAACCAUCAAAUUUGAAAACCAAACUAUAUGAACCCUAAAAUUAAAAAUUAAAAUCUUCUUCUUCUUCAAACACCAGUUCCCUCUUUUCAGUCCAAGAUCAAACUACAAAUCAAAAUCAUCAAAUUGAAAGCUCUCACUUGCGGCGUUUGGUGAAGUGAGGGAGUCGACGUCAUCUCUGAUUCUUUACUUAGCCACUCAGACUCGGGCAAUAGAAAAGGAGCAUCGGUACAUUUAACUGAACAGUGAAAGGUGACAUUUUUGUUUGAACGUGUUUGAGAUGGAAAAUAAUGUUGAAGAGAAUAUGCAGAUGGAUGAAUCUGUUGCAUCCGUGGAGGGACUAGAAGGCUUGUCAACUGGGGUAACUGACGAAGCAACAUUUGAGAUUGAUGACGACGAUGUUGUUAGUGUUGAGGCUGGGGAAGGUAGCGAAGAAAUUAUAUAUAUUGAUAACAAGGAGGAUAUUCUUUGCAUGGACCUGAAGGGAACAAGUCCCCAUGAGACAAGGAAAUUUGAGUUUUCAAGCUUGGAUAUGGCUUAUGAGUUCUAUAAUUGGUAUGCUAGAAUGAAUGGGUUUGCGGUCCGCAAGAGCAAGAUGAUUAAAAGCAAUAAAGGGGAAAUAUUACAGCAAACCUUUGUCUGCCACAGACAAGGGUUUAGGGAGGAUAGAGGUUUAACAAUAGAAAACCGUAAGCGUGAGUGUAAACCCAAGACUCGGUGUGGAUGUGAAGCAAAAUUUCGGGUGCAUAUAGAUAUGUUCUCACAACGUUGGUUGAUAACUGUUUUUACUGAUCAACACAACCAUGAGCUUUUAGAUGAAGAGUACCAUGGAAUGCUUGCUGCACAUCGAAAAAUGAAAGAGUCGGAUAUAAUGCAGAUGAACGACAUGUUGAAGGUUGGGAUAGGGCCGUCUCAAUUCUAUAGUUCUUUGGCAAACCAAUCAGGAGGGUAUGAAAAGAUAGGGUUUCGAAAGAAGGAUAUAUAUAAUCAAAUAGGAAAGCAACGUCUUUUGAAACGGUGUGAUGGUAAAAAUGCUUUACAAUAUCUUCAUGGGCUGGCAUCAAAUGACUCGUUGAUGUUUUAUCGCCACACCGUUGACGGAGAAGGUAGGCUUGAACACCUGUUUUGGUGCGACGGUAUUAGCCAAAUGGAUUAUGGUGCUUAUGGUGAUGUGUUGGCAUUUGAUGCAACAUAUGGAACGAACAAACGUCAUGUUAAGUAAAAUUGUAAUGAUAGAGUCAACGUUGCAUAAGCCAACAAAAAUCGGCGGACUCAACUUGAGUCAAGGAUCUCCCCCAACAUCAAAAAGAAGCAAAAAUGUGGUUUCUGAACAAAAGUUUGUUGCUAAGUCUCCAUUUAGCCGUUCCAAAUCUUUGUCAGAACACAAUGUCGACAAUGUUAUCCUUUUACCGGACGAUGAUGAAAUAGACAAGAAAGAAUCAAAAACUACUUCUAACAUUCAGUCCACCUACUUGAAGGGAAGCACAAGCAAGUUUGUUGAGACCAACUUUGUUACGACAUCAAAAAUGAAACUCCAACCUGUGGAAGAACAUGUUUCAUGUUAUGUUUUUCAUUCCAAGAAUGA